AUGUCGACCGCACCCUCGUCCUCGUCCUCCUCACCGUCCCCCACGACGCGCUCAAGGACACUUCUUUUCAUCUCAUAUAGAGACUCACGAGCACGCUCAUCCCACUUCUCUCGCCCCCAGCUCUCUUACGAUGAUCCGUAUACCGGCACAGACGAAAGCGAAGGCCUUAUAAACGCCAACUCAAGACACGUUGCAAUUGACGCAGACUUGCCUCCAAAAUGGGUUGAUAUAUCCGAACAGGUCGAGGAGAUUCUAGCCAGCACUCAAGUUAAGAUAACCGCGCUCGACAAGCUCCAUGCACGACAUGUACUACCCGGUUUUGCGGACCGGAGUGCUGAGGAGAAGGAGAUAGAGACGGCAACGACCGACAUUACCAAAGAUUUUCGCCGGUGUCAUACUUUCAUUCAACGGAUAGGCCCAGGACAGACUCACACUUUCCCUCCAUCCUCUCACGCCGUCCCAAGCAAUCAACACGAGCUUCUAGCCGCAAAAAAUGUGCAACGAGGUCUUGCUGCAAGAGUGCAGGCUUUGAGUUCGACAUUUCGAAAGAAGCAACGUGUUUACAUGGAAAAUUUGCAAGGGCAUGCGAUCAAAAAUCAAGAUCUGCUUAUUGCAUCAGGAACAAUCACUUCCCGUGGUUUAGAAGGCAUGACCGCAGUUGACGAAGAUGUGGAAGCCGCUUACCAAAGUCAGGCUCAAGUGCUGGACAACAGAUUGGCUGACGAUAUCCGGCUGCGUGAUCGCGAACUCACGGAAAUUGCCAAUUCGAUAGCUUCUCUGGCGGAGCUUUUUAAAGAUUUAUCAGUUCUGGUCAUUGAUCAAGGCACCCUUCUUGAUAGUGUGGAGUACAACGUUGAACAGACCUCGGUGCAGGUCGCUGAGGCCGUUAAAGAGUUGGAUGUUGCAACACGGUACCAAAAGAAUACAGGUCGACGGAAGUGUAUAUUUCUCCUGCUCUUGAUCAUAUUCGGUUUGAUCAUCGUGUUGAUUUUCAAACCUCGCAGAGGAUCUUCUCCACCCCCACCUCCCCCGCCGCCUAUUUCUUCCGCAGACCCAUUUGUACCUGUAUACUUCCAUAGACGGACACUCACAUGA